CACCAGUCAUAAUGUUGCCACACAUAAAACAUCCCAACCAGUCGCUUCAACUAAAAUAUUUAACUUAAAAGAUGUUAAUAGGUUACUGGUUUUGAAGUGUGAAGCAUAGAAUAACAGGGUGACCAGGGUAAAUAGAAGAGAUGUUUUCUUUAAUUGGGAUAUUGGCUUUCAUUUUGUUUGGACUGGAGUCUUUCCAUUUUGUGGGACAUUGCUUAAUUAUGUUCCGAGUUCGUCAGUUACCAAGAAAAGAUUUCGUAAGAAUGCGGUUUUAUUUCCUGGUUGAUACAUUAACUGUUUUCCUAUCUUCUUUUGUUGUUUUGGGAAAGUUGCAGUGGUUAUCAGGGAUCCAGUUGAUACAACAUUUGUAUUAUUAUCUUAUGUGGGAAAAGACUGAUGCAGCUAAAAAGAUUGUAAGCUGGAGUUCUUUAGAUUGGACUAGGAGUACGAGGUACAAAGAAUGGCAUAUCUGGUCGAUCCUAGGCACAUUAUUUGAUGUGUUUGUUCAUAUGGUUAUGUGCAUUUUACUCUCUCACCAGCUCACCACAGUACAGAUUAUAUCGUCACUAUUAAUCGCACAGUCAUGGUUGAUUUAUGUUUUAAAUGUUCCAAAGUAUGCUUGGAGCAGUCCUUGGGCAACCCCAAAGUGGGUGGAAAAAAGAAUUAAGCCAUUGGACAAGUAAUUUAUCUACAAAUUUGAUUUUAAUACACGUAUACUUCAAAAUAUUAAACCACUAUAGUACGAAAAUGAUGAGACGACAUAUUUGAUUUUAAAAUACUGAGACAAGGAUAUUUCUGGUUUCGAAAUACAUCUACAAGAUUGAGAACUAAAUUUCAUUUAAAUAACGUUGACAAAUUGUUGAUUGAUCGAUUACUAUGAUUCACUUAGCAUUUUUAUUUUUCACAAUUUUGUGUAAUUAGUUUAUUUGUACAAUACAAUUUUUACCCACA